AUGCCUCGCAUUAAGAAAAAUUCCAUCGACCAGUCAUCCUUAAAAAGACAUAAGAAUGAUCCAUGUUUUGAUUGUGUCCCUGACUUAAAAACAAAGCUUAAGGAAUCAAUCAAAAGACAUUUGGAAUCUAUGUCACAACAAGGUGUCGUAUUCCCCACCAAUCUUCCUCUCGAAAUUCUUUUGGCUCCCUCAAAGAAAACGAUGAAAAAUUUAAGGGGAAAAACUGGUGAAAAAAAACGUGCGCAAAACGGUUUCAUAUUAUAUCGUAAAGACAAUCAUUUCAUUAUUCAAAAAGAUUAUCCUCUCGCGUCCCAACCGGAAAUCUCAAAAAUCGUUAAAAAAAGAUGGGAAACAGAAUCUGCGGAAAAAAAAAAUUAUUACACUAUUCUCUCUAGCGUAGAUUUUCUUGUACAUAAUGAACUAUUUGGCACUGGUAGCAACGAUUACAACGUAGAGUGUGCAGAUCACGGAUCGCCGUCCGAAAAAGAAUUUAUGGAAGAUCAAGAUGAUGAACCUUGGAAGAGGGCUGUCACCAUGCCACAGAUGGUGUUGCUUCCAAUUGCAGAGAGUCAAGAAUGUUUCAAGUCCACUGCAAAUUCCCAAAGAAUUUCACCUUUACAACCGGCUUUCUAUCUACAAAAUAUAGUUACGGCAAAGAAUUCUCAAGCAGAGCGACAUUGGUCUCCAAAUCCUGCUUCCAGAGAUUCCAAUCACGCAACUGAUUUUUAUCAAUGCGAAUCAGAUCUUCCAUGGAAUGAAACACAUACUUUAGGUGACUCUUCAUUUCAGUCAGAUGAUCAUCUAAUCGAUCUAGUUAACCCACCUGAAUCAUAUUCACAAACAAUUGGAAAUAACUUUAAUCAGCGAACAGAAUAUAAUCUUGACUUUGUAAAUUGCACUGCUCGCAUUGCUGACGAUUUAUGCUACGCCUACGCUAACACAUCAACCAACGUUUAUUACCCGCAUUUAUUGCCACAAAAUCCCGUCGUUCUUUCAAAUGAUUCAACUGUUAUGGUUAUUGCCCCAUUACCACAUGAUAAUAGCAACAUAAUUACUCCUUAUUAA